UGCUUUAGAAAUGGGACCUUUUCGCACAUUCGCAACACUGCCGUGUGCAAACAGACUGGAUUAAACGUUUACUUGAAUUUAUAAGAGCACCAAGAUCUUCCUCGUUUUUUUUUGUUGUGAUUUUAGCUAUGGCGACUCUUCUCUGCAAAAGAAGACUUUGCAUAUUCGCUGUGCUCCGAAGAGUCUCACCAAACGCACGCCUUUUUAGCUCUGGUAAAAAGAGCGUAAAUGGAGUGGAACUUUUUUACCAGCAGACUGGGCAGGGAGACCACUCUGUGUUACUGCUGCCAGGAGCUCUGGGCAGUGGCCAGACUGAUUUUGGACCACAGAUGGAGAAGCUGGACAAGAGACGAUUUACAGUGGUGGCGUGGGAUCCUCGUGGUUACGGACGCUCACGUCCACCAGAUAGAGACUUCCCUCUGGAUUUCUUCCACAGGGAUGCUAAAGAUGCUGUAGACCUGAUGCAGGCUUUAGGGUUCAGGCAUUUCUCCCUCCUGGGCUGGAGCGACGGAGGAAUCACUGCUCUCAUCGCUGCAGCAUUAAACCCUGCCAUUAUUAAAAAGAUGGUGGUGUGGGGCUCCAAUGCUUAUGUCUCGGAGCAAGAUCUCAAAAUCUACAGUGCGGUUAGAGAUGUGUCGAUGUGGAGUGAGCGAAUGAGGCGACCAAUGGAGGAGAUGUAUGGCCCUGAGUAUUUCAGUCAGACAUGGGAGAGAUGGGUGGAUGGCAUCAGCCAGUUUGCACACAAUCCUCAAGGUAAUAUAUGUAGGGAGUUAUUGCAGUUGAUCAUCUGUCCCACACUGAUUGUCCAUGGGGCUAAAGAUCCAAUAGUACCUUCCUUUCACCCAGAAUACCUCCUACGGAAAAUCCAGGGCUCACGAUUGCAUGUACUGCCAGAGGGGAAACAUAACCUGCACCUCAGAUUUGCCACUGAAUUUAACUCACUAGUGGAAGACUUCCUAACCGAGUGAAAGGUACCUGGGAAGAAACGGUCAUGUGGAGUCGGUCCCUUUUGAGUACUGGCAUCUUCCUUGUGCUCUUAAGAAGUUUUUUUUCUCUCUCACUGUUGGCCUCGGUUUGAUCUUAAUGAUAAUGAGGGACACAACAACCAAAAUGAAAAAUGUAACAAUUGUUGCAUCUGUUAUAAACAUGCUAACUCAUCUCCUAUGGUGGUGCCGCAGUAGUUUCCAAAGUGAGAUGUUGAGGUUUAAAGACAAAUAUGCUCUUUUGAUGUUGUAUGCUGAAGGCGGGAGGUGGGCUGAUUUUUUUUAGAAUUUUUUUGUGGUUAGCUAAUGGAUAAAGAUGAAACGCAGAUAACAGUCAUUACUGAUAAGAUGCUGGAAAUCUUUUCCAGUCAUCUAAAUUCUAAUCAAGAGAAGAGAAGGAUCACUGGAGCAAGGGAAAUGUUUCCCAGUGAUUGAGUGAUGUAUUGAGUUAUGCAUACUGGCUUUUGUAAUGAGAGAUCAUUGAUGAAUGAAAACAUUAAAAUGAUAUAAAAUAAUAA